AUGGCUUAUGAUGAAGAUUCGGAGUGUUGUGUGAAUUCAUACAAAGAAAAGACCAAAAGUAGAUCCGAAUACUUAGUUUUGGAUGAAUUUCCCAAAAGAAUAUUAGAAAUUCAAGAGUUGUUGGAAAACAAGAGAUUUGCACUCAAAAACCUAUCGUCAUAUGAUUUUGACGUCAAUAUCCCAAUUCCUCCGCCAGAAGAUCCAAACAUGGAUUUGAGUGACAAUUGUUUGCUAUCAAAGAGUUUUCUGUUUGAAAACGGUUUGGUCGACUCAAACCCACACCUCAUGGAAGCGAUCGAAAUAGUGAAGCCGUGGGCACUGCAACUGAUCCACGACUCAAAUACCGUCAAAAUGGGUAUCUCUCUCAUGAUUCCCAAGAUAGAGGACGGAAACAACUUUGGUGUCGAAAUGCAACAAGAGAUGCUGAUUGGCGUAGCCGUUGUUGAGCUCAAGACUCAGCAUCAUUUGGAUCAGAUCUCCGACUACUUCACGAAAAGGGCAGAAAUGGUGACAAAGAUUGUCAAAUACCCGCACUCUAUGGACUAUCGCCGGGCUCUUCGGGAAAUGGAUUACAGAUUUCGUCUUUUCCUUUGCCUUUUCGCAGUUGAUUUGCGUAAUCAUUACAUCAGUUUGCACGACAUGUUUACUAAGAAUCUCAACAAAAUAAAGGAUCCGAGAAAUUCAGACAAUCAUCAGCUCAUGUACUGA